AUGACCGAGUCGUGGCAGUUGGUCGCCUUUGCUGAGGUAGGCACAAUCGACGUCGCUGUCACCUCCUUCCACCUCGCUGUCAACAAUCGCAACCGCCCCACACUACACCAUGCUGUACUACUGCUACCACCGGCCUUUUGCGAUCGGUAUAUCAAUCUGGUGAGCAUGGAUAUACAGAAAUGGCUGGACGAGACAGUGCAGCCGGAUGCGCCACCCGGGUCUUCCAAACGUAAAGUUUCGCGAAAACGGAGCAGAUCGGAUAGCUCCCUCAUCGAUCCUCACCCUCCUUCUCCUUGUCCUCAGCAGGUGGAUAGUGAUGGUGGUACGAACGAAGCACUGCACGCCACACUCAGCAACUGUUCCACUGACAGUCGAUAUGCACGAAAACCUCGCCGAAAGACGCGUCCAGAACACUAUGAGCCAGGUGCCCAUGCCCCUCCAUUGCAGAAGGGCAAGUCAAAGAAGACGAGGCGCAAGAAGAGCAAAGCCCUUCCGGGCAUGGUGCAGAACUUCCAGGCUAACAACUUUUCCGGGGAUCGGCUGACCUUGAAGCCGCGGGAGUUGGGUCUGUUCAACAAGGGCCGGACAUCGACGGCUGUGAAAGGUCGGGGCCUGCCUGAUUUAGUCUUUUCCGAGAUGAAGUUUUUACAGCAAGAAAAGGUACAAUCGGAGGCCAACCACAGGCCGGGGGUCGCUAAGAAGAAGCGCAAGAAAGACCAUGCGCAGACAAAGGAAGAGGAAAUAUCUGCGUUCUUCAACUCAAUACGUCCAGAACUGACCGGAAGGGAUGGAAAUACACGGCCUGUGCAUGCAGCUGUAUUCAAUGACAAGCGGCGUACCCGCAACCAACAUUCGGUGAUUAACACAACCAUACCUACUGUUGAGCUGACCAACAAGGGAUCUUACCUGGGCUUUGGGAGCAGAGGACCUCGCCAUGGUAGUACAAGCUAUGUCUCGUGGUCUGACUCCAACCAUGUGCCGAGUACCACGCCAGCUCGCCUUCCAGUUGAAGCUGAUACUUUUCAUGGCCAGCGCGAUUCAGAGCUCCAGAGAAGGUACAGGCCCAUGAAGAGUGCAGAAAAAGACCAGUUCAAACGACCAGCUCCUCCUACUGCAAGGAUGGAGAGUAAAGACCACGCCGCUGGCCGAUUUCGAGUAUCCUCCUCUUCUCCACGGCGGCUGAACCUCGUUGACCGGUCUGCAAGAUUUGAAAGCUCUGACAUAGCCUGCUCGCCAUCGUCGAUGCCACCGUCGAUGCCACAUGCGAGCGUGGACGUCCGCCCGGCUCGCCCAGGAAAAAGCCCCAGAAAUGCGCGACAAGAGGUGACCGCAAACGCCGACGAGCAUCUGCCUACAGACAACCAAAACCAUGGCCCCAGUGAUUAUGAGAAUGAUGAUGCGCAGUAUCGACAACACCGUCCACAUUUGUACAUGGACGAAGACAUGUAUCAUAAUUCGUACGCCAUCCAACUUGGCUAUUCGGAUAACAACCAGGGAAGACAUAAUGAAGACGACUGGGAAGGGUUGUUUGAAGAACCAAUAUCAUAUGAGUUGGAAGAAGGUCCUGAGAUUCUUGAUGGCGAAGAAGAGUUUCCCGCUCCUAUUGGGAGAGGACACCCCUCUGACCCGCGGCCAGAAAAUGACGUGGUUGCUCCUGGAUUUUGGAGGCCGAACAAGUUAUAUUGA